UUGAAAUCGCAUCGAAACGUAUCACUUCAAGUUUUGAGCAUAAUGAAAAUAUUAAAGGUUUUUUUUGGUUUUUGGUUAUAUUGGAUGUGCUUUUUGUGUUGCUUCAAAUUAGUUAAUUCAAUAUACGUUCAGCCUAACGACAGUAUAACUACCAGCAAUUUACAAAAUGAACGACAAGAAUCAAACAGGUGGGCAAAUACAUCGAUUUUGCUCCGCCCGAUUAAUCCAUCCGCCUUGUCUUCAUCGGCCCAUAUAAAACCUUCAACGGUUAAUGGUGAUGAAAAAACAUCUCUAUCAGCUGUACAAAAAAGGAGCCAGCAGUUACCAAUCAAUCCUUGGCUCUUGCCACAAGCUGUAUUUGCCCUGAAUUGUAAUCCACGAGGAUCCGAUGGCAAUCGUCGGUUGGCGACAAGAGAUGCAUCCCCAAUUAGCCAAUCAAGCUGGGCACAGACACCACCGGGGUAUUAUUGCACUUAUGUACCAGUGCCACCUACCUAUCAAGUACCCAUGAUGCCUUGGUUCGCUGACUACUAUCAGGCAGCUUUUGGUCAAAGCAUGAGUCGAGAUGUCGAGGGACUUAACAACAAGCUGGACCAAUUAAAUCCUUACGAAGCAAUGUCGAAAGCUCCCACAAGUGAAUGUCCAUUAAAUUUUUAUAAAUGUCGAGGAAGUGCGCAAUGUGUGCCAAGAAACGUGUGGUGCGACGGAGUUGUCGACUGUGCCGAUGCUAGCGACGAAAUAAAAUGCACUUGCAGAGAUCGGAUCGAUCGAAAACGACUAUGCGAUAAUUAUUUCGACUGUCCUCAUGGAGAAGACGAAAUGGGGUGUUACGGUUGCUCCAGACAUUCCUUCAGUUGUCUAGAUUUCAAUUCAGACUCUCUCAGUUGCUUUUCAGCCGAGCAACGCUGUGACGGAAUUAAACACUGUGUCAGCGGAAGGGACGAAGAAUUUUGUACUAUUUUGACUCCUUUUGCUUCGGACGACGCAGAGGUAUUUCCGAUUGGUUACAAUCUCGGAUUUCUUCGCAGAAACGUCCAAGGCAAAUGGUAUCCAGUUUGCGGUCCCGUCACUAAUUGGGCGAAGGAUGCCUGCACUUAUGAACUCGGACAAUCAGACCAACAGCCCAUCGUCGAUCUGGUGAAUCUGCCCACCUACAGCGACUCGACGGUGUUCGCCACGGAGUUGGGCUCGGAGACGAAACUCGUGACCGGCUGCUCGUCGCAAGUGACCUACGUGCGCUGCCAGCACGAGCCAACGGGCCAUCGUCACGUGGCUAGCGGCAGCGCCGCAGCGCUGCAGAGCAUCAACGACUUCAGCGAGAUAAUUCUCGGACUGACGGCUCAAUCAGCCGGCAAGAGCGAUGAUCCGGUGUUGGGCAUCGUCGGUGGCCACGACAGUUAUCCCCGAGCUUGGCCCUUUAUCGUGGCCAUGAGCAAAAACGGACGCUUCCAUUGUGGCGGCGCCAUACUCAGCGCCUACUGGAUACUCACCGCCGCUCAUUGUCUUUACAGAUACGAGGGCAACUACUACGAGAUCGAGGCGGGCAUGCUGCGACUUUCUUCGUUCGCGCCGUCUCGCCAGACUCGUCGUCUCGACGGUAUAAUACUUCACGAGGCGUACGACCCAAUCUUUUUGCGCAACGAUAUAGCCCUCGGAUUACUUAACGAGCCGCUGUUGUUCAACAGCUGGGUCAGGCCGGUAAAUCUGCCUAAUCCCGAGACGUACUUUUAUCGCCAAGAACCCAGUCACGGCGAUCUUUGCGUGGCAGUGGGAUGGGGUACUCUCUCCGAGGGCGGUCGAGAGCCUGAUCAUUUGAAAGAGGUCGAAAUUCCGAUAGUCAACUGUAAACGCCCGGAAGAUAUCAACAGUGGUGAAAUUUGUGCUGGUUAUCGUGCUGGCGGUCGAGACGCUUGUCAAGGUGAUAGCGGAGGUCCUUUGAUGUGCCGGAGAGGCUCUGGGCCGGAUGAUGAAUGGUACGUAGGAGGCAUUGUAAGUCACGGCAUCGGUUGUGCUAAACCGAACGAACCUGGUGCCUAUACCAAAGUUUCUCACUACAUACCCUGGAUAAAUUUUCACAUUCGCACCCGACAAUCCCCCGUUAUGGUCUAUCCAAGAACUAGCUGUCCGGGCUUUAGCUGCAAUCGUCCGCAGGCCAAGUGCUUAGCUCCUCAGAUGCAGUGCGAUCGCAUUGCCGACUGUCUCGAAGCGGAGGACGAGGAAAAUUGUCCGUUCGACGACUAUGUGCUCGGAGCCUCGAGAGAUACCGUAUUGAAGAAUAGGUUGCAGUCGGACGUUGCGGCCAGAUCGUCGACGAUUAGUCCGAUUAGUCUUUGAAUUCGAAAAAUAAAAAGAAAAGCAGCGGACGGGUGGUUUUAGAUGGUAUAGAUUUUUUCCAUGUAUUUCAUGUGCAGUGCUUCGUUGCCAAGAGUGUUUUUCAUCCGUGAUGAAUCAGCAUUGCUAGAGUGUAAUUUAAUCUCAAGGACGAUCGAUGGUUGAGAUUGUGCAUCAAGUAAUUUUAAAUUAAUUCGCGCUAGUUCCAAAAUAUUUUUGAGUUGAUUUUUAUACAAAUGUAACAUUUUUGCUUAGAAAUGACUAGUUUAAAUGACUGGACGUACACUAGGCCAAGAUAUAACGUUUUUUUUCAAAAUUUUAUAGCCUUAUUAUGUCCCACAUUUUGUGCAUUCAAGUGCGAACCUCCCAGCAAGCAACAUUUCUUCCGUAACCAACAAGAGAAAAUAAUGGCGGAGCAUAACGACGAUUAUAAUAAUCGAAGAUAGCGAGGAAAAUGA